AUGUUCACAGGCUUAGAUACCUCUAUAGCAGCAGAUGUCCAAGGGCCCAUCUUGGAGACUCUAGGAGAGAUCGAGAAGCUGUCAUGGGUGGGCAUCGGCUUCCCUAUGGGCUCUGUUGCCACCAUUCUCUUGCUCGGCUCCCUAUAUGGCGCUUUUGAUAUCAAAUGGCUCUAUCUCGCGAGCAUAAUCCUAUUUGAAAUCGGAAGCGCUGUAUGCGGAGCUGCACCUUCAAUGAACGCCAUGAUUGUCGGCAGAGUUGUGGCGGGAGUUGGAGGAGCCGGAAUGUAUCUUGGCUGCCUCCACUACAUAGCCGUCUUUACUACCCUUGAACAGCGUGGCCUGUACAAUGCCCUCGUUGGGCUAUGCUGGGGAGCUGGCUGCAUUCUUGGCCCUGUUGUUGGCGGGGCAUUCGCCAGCAGCGCUGCCACUUGGAGAUGGUCGUUCUAUAUCAAUUUGGUCCUGGCCGCUGUUACCGCACCAAUCUACGUGCUCUGGUUCCCUCGGUACAAUCCUCAACCUACAAUCUCAGCAAAAUCGAAGCUCGCGGCUGUUGACUGGGUUGGGGCCGCGUUGAAUGCGUCUACCUUUACGCUCUUUAUGGUUGUUUUGGCGUAUGCUGGUACCACCUGGAAAUGGAGUUCUGGUGGGUCAAUUGGCCUUUGGGUUGCCUUUGGUGUUUCUCUCGUCAGCUACGCAUUCCAGCAGACGUUUUGCAUCUUCACCUCUGAGAAGAACCGACUGUUCCCCGUCCAUGCCUCUACGAGUCUCUUUGUGGCGGUCUACUACGUGCCCCUGUUCUUCCAAUUCACUAAAAACGACACGGCAAUUAUGGCUGCUGUACGCUUACUGCCUUUUAUUACUCUCAACGUUAGUUUCACCAUGUUCUCGGGUAUUUUGCUGCCGGUCUUCGGCUAUUACAUGCCAUGGUAUAUACCAUCAGGAGCACUUAUGUUGAUUGGCGGCGCGCUCAUGUAUACGGUAACCCCCAACACAAGCGUUGGUGCAAUAUAUGGGUUUGAGAUUCUCAUAGCCGUUGGUGCUGGUCUUUCAUCACAGCUUGCCUAUGCAAUUGCACCUGCCAAGGUGAAGGCACAUGAGGUUUCUGCAGCCAUUGGAUUCAUCAAUGUGGCUCAAUUGGGUUCAAUUUCCAUUGCGUUGGCAAUCUCAGGUUCUAUCUAUCAAAACCUUGGACUGAAGCUUCUUCAGGACGUUUUACAAGAGUUUGACUACAGUCAAGCAGAUCUUCAAUCCGCGCUUGCUGGUGUCAAAUCUGCUGUUUUUUCACACAGCAAUCCUGUCAUAAAAGAGCUUGCUAUUACAGCACUCGUCCGAACAAUUAGUUCGCUCUAUGGCCUUGUUAUUGCAGCAGCAGCUUUGACUUUAAUCAGUGCCGUGUUUAUGAGGUACGAGAAAUUGCAGUUAAAGGUUUCCGCGGGUUAG